CUUUCUCCCCUCGCUGCUCGCCGCUCACCCACUCCCUCUCCCUCUCUCUCUCUACCUUUUCACGCCCGUUGCUCACUCCCACGCUCCUCCUCCUCGCAUUCUCUUCUCUCACUUCGCCGCCACUCUCACUCUCCUCUCUCUCCUCUCUCUCUCUCUCUCACUCUCUCUCUCUCUCCUCUGGAGACUGCAGUUUUACAGCUAGAUUCUACUAGAAGCCCACCAAAAGCACAAGCCUCUGCGGCGGCGGCGGCGGCGGCGUGCUCCGGGAAGCGAGCCCCGUGGUGGCGGCGGUGGUGCGGAGCACGGCACGGCAUCUCUCUCUCGCGAGCGCGCGAGCGAGCGAACGCUAGAUCUGCGAACGCGGGGUUUGGUUCCUUCUUCUUCCGCGAUCGCUUCGGGUUGAUCUGGCUGAUGCUGCUUCGGCGGAGGCCGCGCUGAUUAAUUGCUGGAGGGGAGAGAGAGAGAGAGAGUUUGCGUCGAUGCGGAUGGCAGCGGGAGGGAGGUGCUGCUUCCGGAGAGGGGCUCCCGCGGCGGUGCUCGUGCUGCCGCUGCUGCUGCUGAUCGCCGCGGCGGCAUUGCCCCGGCGGGCGCUCGCGGCCACCGUCGCCGCCGAUGUUGCUGCUAUAAAUGGACUGUAUGUUGCACUUGGAUCACCGGCUCUUCCUAAAUGGACUGCGAAUGGUGGUGACCCCUGUGGUGAUGGUUGGCAGGGCGUUGUAUGUAUUGGCUCAAAUAUAGAUUCAAUAAUUUUCAAUGCUGCAAAUUUGGAAGGACAGUUAGGCAGCCUGGGGAACUUCACUUCAAUAACCACUAUAAAUCUUAGCAACAACAAUAUUGGUGGAACUAUACCAGAAGAUCUACCUGUUACACUGCAGCAUUUUUUUAUGUCUGAUAACCAGCUCACUGGAAGCAUUCCGACGUCACUAUCAAUGCUUCAGAGUUUAACAGACAUGUCUCUAAAUGAUAAUCAUCUCGACGGGAAACUGCCAGAUGCUUUUGGUUCCCUUACUGGCCUUGUAAAUUUUGAUAUUUCAUCCAAUAACUUCAGUGGUUCAUUACCACCUUCUCUGGGAAGCCUGUCAUCAUUGACUACAUUGCACAUGCAAGACAACCAACUAUCCGGAACCCUUGAUGUCUUGCAGGAUCUCCCCCUCAAAGAUUUAAAUAUAGAGAAUAAUUUGUUUUCUGGACCGGUUCCUCCAAAGUUGCUGAAUGUGCCAAACUUCAAAAAGGAUGGGAACCCAUUUAAUACCAGCAUAGCUCCUUCUGCAUCACCCUCUUCAACACCUACAGGCUCUACACCAACACAAACACCAUCGUCACCUUCAUCUUCUGGAACUCCUUCGCCAUCUAGUUCGCCCUCUAAUUCUUCUGGUGGAUCUACUGCUCGAGACAGCAGCUCUCCAUCAUCUAGGAAACAUAAGUCUUCAACCCUCAGGAUUGUUGGAUAUGUUCUUCUAGCUAUUGUCCUGUUUAUAGUUACAGUGCUGCUGGUAAUAUUUUGCCUGUCCAAGUACCAAGAGAGACAGUCAAGACGUGAUUAUACAACAAGUCAGGUGGGGAGGGUUCAUCAGAGGGUUGAAGAGCCGAAAGUUAAGCAAGCUUCAGUGCAGUCAAGGAAUGAUGCCAAAAAAGGAUCAACAGAGGUUCCUGAACGGAGGCAGGUUCGUGAAAUAAAUUUGGCGGUACCAGCUGCUCUCGAGAAGCCUCCUGAAAAGAGAAAAGAACAUGUAAUUAACUUGCAGCGAUCAGAAACAGAAAUUUUUGCUUCUACACCUCCGCCGCCGCCGCCUCCACCACCACCACCUCCUCCUCCUCCUCCGACACCACCACCGCCACCGCCGCGGCCGCCGCCGCCGCCGCCACCACCACCACCUGUUGAAAAAGUGAUUGUAAAUCCCAUUGUUAAGCCAGAGAAAAGAGUUAGUACUCCACCUAGGACAGGUCCCUCGACAUCUGCAACAUCCUUUUCUGUUGCAUCACUUCAGCAAUAUACAAAUAGUUUUGAAGAGGGAAAUUUGAUAAGAGAGAGUAGGUUGGGAAAAGUAUAUCUGGCAGAACUUCCUGAAGGCAGGUUCUUGGAAGUUAUGAAGAUUGAUAACGCCAAUGAUAGAAUACCGGUAGAUGAAUUUCUAGAACUGGUUGCAAGUGUAUCAGAUAUUAGGCAUCCCAACAUCCUCGAGCUUGUUGGAUACUGUGCAGAAUAUGGUCAGAGGUUACUUGUUUAUAAUCAUUUCAGUAGAAAAACACUGCAUGAUGUACUACAUGAAGGGGAGGAAUUGGAUGGUGCACUAUCAUGGAAUGCUCGCCUCCAAGUUGCUCUUGGUGCAGCAAAGGCCUUAGACUAUCUACAUGAGAGCUGUGAACCUCCAGUAGUGCACCAGAAUUUUGAGCCAGCCAAUGUGCUCCUUGGUAAUGGAUUCUCAGUACGUGUCGCUGAAUGUGGACUGGCAGAAUUGACGCUGUCAGGUUCUGUUACACAGUUGUCAGGUCGCAUGAGGGCACUGCUGAAUUAUGAAGCUCCUGAAAUCCAUGAAGCUGGGACUUUUACCUACCGAAGUGAUGUUUACAGUUUUGGCGUGGUAAUGCUAGAACUUCUCACUGGCCGUAAACCAUAUGACAGUUCUCGUCCUCGUGCUGAACAACAUCUUGUUAGAUGGGCUGAUUCUCAAUUUCAUGACAUUGAGUCCAUAUCAAAGAUGGUUGAUCCUUCUAUUCAAGGAGAGUGUUCUGAGAAAGUACUGUCACGUUUUGCAGACAUCAUCAGCCGUUGUAUUCGGCCGGAACCAGAAUUCAGACCAUCAAUGUCAGAGAUUGUCCAAGACCUAGCUAGGAUUAUAAGUGUUACCAGUGAGGAAUCAGAGUAACGAAGAGAUCAAGGUGGGGCCGUACAUCUAGGAAGCCAGCUCUCGCAGCUAUCAAAAAUAUUCAGAGGAAACACAAUCAUUUCUGUGGAGCAUCCUUUCAGUAUUUAUAAUGGACAGCAUUGUCCUUUAGUGUACAUGUUGAUUCUGGAGCCGCAUUUACCUGUUGAAAGGUGGUAGUGGUACAGCCAGGGGAACAUGGGCCUUCUCAUUAUGGGCCAAGUAGAUUCCUGUACUUCCUAGACAUUAUCAAAUUGCAUGUAUAUCUUAUAAUCCAUUCUAAUUUUGAUUAUUUUAUUACAUUAAAAUUAGCGAUGUUCAUAUGGUGUUAGCAUAUCUGAUUGCUGUAUCUCUCUCAAAGCUCGUUCAGAAAUCGUUUAUUUUGUUUGAUUAACUCCAUGUGGUUUUUGUGAUUUUAGAAAGUAUACUGGUGUAGAGGUGUUGUUCAGAGGCGGAUGAACCCUCUCGACAUUCAUAUGCUUUCUUCUGUGAAACUGGACAUGCACAUUCUCCUCCUGCAGGGAAAAGGAUCUCAUUUAGUUGGUUGCUGAAUAGUGGGAUCUUUACUGAUCCUGCAGAAUCAUGGCGGGCAGAUCAUGCGUGACAUCGCAGGAAGCAACUCCCAAGUUAUAACGGGUUGAAUUUGAACCAAACGUGUACUCUCUUUGGCCUGAAAGCAACAUGGAAGUAACCGAAUGUACUAUGCGAGUGAGCUUCAAGUCGCAGCGGCACAAGUGGCGCAUCCCUGGUUUUGCCAUGCUACAGACACGCGUGCGGUUUUCUCAUCGCACGCGUGACUUCAUCGUGCAUGAAUCUCGUCGAGACUUGUCGUUGUUGGCUUGUUGCUGGAGGAAGGUGACCCGAUGCAUCGAACCGGAAGGACGGAUGGAUGGCAUCUCCCGUUUUUGUGGCUGGUCUCGGUUUUCCGGGUCGUGUGGGCCCGUCCUAUCAGAACAGCCGGGUUUGGCAUUUUGCAGA